AUCCGAGAAAACAUGCAGAGCGACGACGUGAUCUGGUCAGUUAUCAACCAGCAAUUCUGCUCCUACAAGGUCAAGACAACCACCCAAAAUUUCUGCCGGAACGAAUACAACGUUACCGGUCUAUGUAAUCGACAGUCAUGUCCUCUUGCCAACUCACGAUAUGCCACAGUUCGGGAGAAAGAAGGCGUUCUGUAUCUAUGCAUGAAGACCAUUGAGCGAGCACACACCCCUGCACAUAUGUGGGAGAAGGUUGAACUAUCGAAGGAUUAUUCCAAAGCACUACAGCAGAUUGACAAGGAGUUGCUGUACUGGCCGAACUUUACCAUUCAUAAAUGCAAGCAGCGUGUCACCAAAAUAACUCAGUAUCUCAUCAAAAUGCGCCGGCUCAAGCUUCGUCAACAGCCGAAGUUAGUGGGAGUCAAGAAGAAGCUUGACCGCCGCGAAGCGACACGCGAACGCAAAGCGUUGUCCGCGGCUCAUCUGGAGCGUUCAAUCGAGAAAGAGCUCAUUGAGCGCCUCAAAUCCAAGGCAUACGGGGAUGCGCCACUCAACGUCAACGAGGAUGUGUGGAAAGCCGUCCUUGAUCGAGAAAGGGAGGGUGAGCUCGAGGAUGCGGAUGAGCUUGGCCUUGAGGAGGACGAGACGGACGGAGAAGAUGAAGAGGAGCUUGAGGAAGAAUGGGAUGAAGAUGCUGAGUUCGUGAGCGAUAUGAGUGGGGAUGAGGAAGGGCUGAGUGAUCUGGAAGACUUGGAGCCAGAUCGUGGUCCCGACGAUGAUGAGGAUAAUGAGAGCUCUGAAGAAGACGGUGAUGAGGAGCAGCCACCGACGCUUGGGAAGCGGAAAGCAAAAGGGCCGUCAGGACCACCAGCCAAGAGAAAGGCAGACAAACCAAAAAGAAGUGGACCAAAAGUCAAGGUCAUGUACGAACCAGAGGAAGAGACCGUACCACUUACACAAAGUAUGCUUGUCAACUGGUAGCAUGUCGCAACUGCAAGGACCAAAGCGCACGAGCAUAAUCAUCAUUAAAUCC